UACCUCUGUUUCUGUAAUUGGGUCAGAGCCAUGUGCCCAACCACUUUCAUUUUCUAAACUAACAAAUCAUAUUCAACUACUCCAUUGAAACAAUUGAAUUCAUCGUCACUCCACUUCCUCUUCUCCAUUGAUCCUCUCAUUGAGGAUCACCGGCGACCCCAAUGGAGACAUCUCCCGCCAUUUUCCUCCCCUAACACCCCCUUCCAUCCAACAAAAUGAGCGGUCGAGAUCUUCCAUCUCCGCCUCUCUACCUCAUCCUCCUCCUCUUCUCUCUGAUCCCCUUCGCCUUCUCCCCGCUCCAACCCCAAACCCUAACCCUAGCUCCAGCCCGAAACUAUAUCGUUAGAUUCUUGGAUUACAAGAUCGCCGGAGAUCACCGCUCUUAUCUCGAACAGAACCUCCGAUCGGUCGAGAACUGGCGGUGGAUCGAGCGGAGGAACGCGGCAGCGGCUUUUCCGACGGAUUUUGGGGUUCUGGAGAUUGGGGGUUUGGAUAGUGAGGAUUUGGUCGGGGAGAUUGAGAGGUUGGAGAGAGUGAAGGAUGUGUAUGUGGAUUCGAGCUAUUCGAGGAGCUUGUUUGUGGAUGAUUUUGACGAGAAGAAGCGACCGGGUAAGAUCUUUAGCUCGAUGUCGUUUGGGGAAGGAGAGGAGGGGAGGUAUAGUCCGUUGGCUAAUGCUUCAAUCAGCUGGAGAAGGAAUAUUUUGAUGCAGAGAUCUCAGGUUACAUCACUAUUUGGAGCUGAUAGACUCUGGAACAAAGGAUAUACUGGUGGAAAAGUUAAAAUGGCAAUCUUUGAUACAGGGAUUCGAGCUAAUCACCCCCAUUUUCGAAAUAUCAAGGAGCGCACCAAUUGGACAAAUGAAGAUACACUAAAUGAUAAUUUAGGGCAUGGGACCUUUGUAGCUGGAGUUAUCGCUGGUGAAGAUGAAGAGUGCCUGGGUUUUGCUCCAGACACUGAGAUAUAUGCCUUUCGAGUAUUUACUGAUGCACAGGUAUCUUACACGUCUUGGUUUCUUGAUGCAUUUAAUUAUGCUAUUGCAACUAAUAUGGACGUGCUGAAUUUGAGCAUUGGCGGACCUGAUUAUCUGGAUCUUCCUUUUGUUGAGAAGGUUUGGGAGGUCACUGCAAAUAAUAUCAUUAUGGUAUCAGCUAUUGGAAACGAUGGACCUCUCUAUGGGACACUCAACAAUCCUGCUGACCAGAGUGAUGUUAUUGGUGUUGGUGGUAUUGACUAUAAUGAUCACAUUGCCUCAUUCUCAUCACGUGGGAUGAGUACUUGGGAACUCCCACACGGCUAUGGGCGUGUGAAACCAGAUGUGGUUGCAUAUGGCCGGGAAAUCAUGGGAUCUAAGAUCAGUACAGGAUGCAAGAGCCUUUCAGGUACUAGUGUGGCAAGCCCAGUGGUUGCUGGUGUUGUAUGCUUGCUUGUAAGUGUUAUCCCAGAAAACAAAAGGAAAGACGUACUGAAUCCCGCAAGCAUGAAGCAAGCUCUAGUUGAGGGUGCUUCCAGACUCUCUGGUCCCAAUAUGUUUGAGCAAGGUGCAGGCAGACUUGACCUGUGGGAGUCGUAUCAAAUCUUGAGCAGCUAUCAACCUCGAGCGACCAUUUUCCCCAGUGUCCUUGACUUUACUGAUUGCCCUUACUCCUGGCCUUUUUGUCGGCAACCUCUAUAUGCUGGUGCCAUGCCCGUUAUAUUCAAUGCUAGUAUACUAAAUGGCAUGGGCGUUAUUGGUUAUAUUGAGGGCUCACCAACCUGGCAUCCUUCUGAUGAGGUGGGAAACCUACUGAGCCUCCAUUUCACUUACUCAAAUGUCAUCUGGCCAUGGACUGGUUUUAUUGCACUUCACAUGCAGAUCAAGGAAGAAGGUGCCCAUUUCUCUGGUAUUAUUGAAGGCAAUGUGACAGUCACAGUGUAUAGUCCAUCACCUAGUGGAGAGAAAGUACUAAGGAGGAGUACUUGUCUGCUUACUUUGAAGCUGCAAGUGAUCCCAACCCCUCCCAGGUCGAAAAGAAUUAUCUGGGACCAAUACCAUAAUAUAAAAUACCCACCUGGCUAUAUUCCAAGAGAUUCAUUGGAUGUUCGCAAUGAUAUUCUUGAUUGGCAUGGUGAUCAUCUUCACACCAAUUUCCAUAUUAUGUACAACAUGCUAAGAGAUGCUGGGUACUAUAUCGAAACUCUUGGCUCGCCUCUCACAUGCUUUGAUGCUAGCCAUUAUGGAACCUUACUCAUGGUGGAUCUUGAAGAUGAGUAUUUCAGAGAAGAAAUUGAGAAGCUACGAAAUGAUGUCCUUAAUGAAGGGUUGGGACUUGCUGUAUUUGCUGAGUGGUACAAUGUGGAUUCGAUGGUUAAGAUGAGAUUUUUUGAUGAUAACACCCGGAGUUGGUGGACGCCAGUCACUGGAGGUGCAAAUAUACCUGCGCUUAAUGAGCUUUUGGCCCCACUGGGAAUUGCUUUUGGGGAUAAAAUCCUAACUGGGGAAUUUUCUAUCAACGGGGAGCAGAGUCACUAUGCAUCUGGCACUGAUAUAGUAAAAUUUCCUAGAGGUGGAUAUCUGCAUAGUUUUGAAUUUCAGGACAAUUCUGAAAGUGGUGCUACCCAGAAUGUACUGCAGACUUCUGGAAUGGCACAGGUCGAAUCCUCAAUUCUUGGUCUUGCUGAGAUUGCUGGGGGACGAGUUGCAGUUUAUGGAGACUCGAAUUGUCUUGAUAGUAGUCACAUGGUGACCAACUGCUAUUGGCUUCUGAAGAAGAUAUUAGAUUUUACAAAUAAUAACAUUAGAGAUCCAGUGCUUUUCUCAGACUCUGCUAAGCUCAAGUCUCCUUUGAAUGGCCCUGACAGCCACUUACCAUCUCGGAGAAGUGAUAUAAACUUCUCUUCCUAUUCUGCUGUAGUCGGCAAGGAGUUGAUAUGUCAACGUGACUCAAGAUUUGAGGUUUGGGGCACAAAAGGUUAUGGUAUUCAGCUGAUGGGUAGAAAUAGGAAAUUGCCAGGAUAUCCAACUAUUCGACUGGACAGUGACUUGAACAUUUCAGUAAAAGCAUCCAGUGAAACGUCAAAGAAGAAGCAAGGAUACUUAUCUGGAGCGGUCAAUAGAAACAAGUUCAGAAAGAAUAUGGACUUUUUGAGUUUAUUAAACCAUGACGAGAAUGACAUUCCCUUUUUGGCAGCAACUCAAUGGAUUGUUCCAGCUUUGGUUGCUGUCAUAUGUGUUUUGCUGCUCUUGACCUGGCGAAUGCGGCAGAAAAAGAGGCGGCGAAGAAAAGGGUCAUUAUCAAAUCGUGCAAUAAACUUAGUGUAGUUCUCAAACUUAGAUUUAGGCACGUCUCUUUUCUUUUUUUCUUUUUAUUGAAUUGU